CUCCAUUGGCCAGCUCCGUAAGGUGAGGAACCUGUGAGGGGCUAAAUCGGAACGAAGGCAUUUAUGCAGCCAGCGCGCUAGCUAGGGAGAGCCCGCUGCCUGCGAGCGAGGCCGCCGCGACCACGCCGCUGGCCAUCAGCCUACAAAGACAUGACCACCAACGCCAGCCCCUUGCACCCAUACUGGCCUCGGCAUCUGAGGCUGGACAACUUUGUGCCUAAUGACUGCCCUACUUGGCAUCUCCUGGCCGGCCUCUUCUCCAUCUCUGGGGUCUUGGUUGUGACCACAUGGCUGUUGUCAGGUCGUGCUGCGGUCGUCCCCCUGGGGACUUGGCGGCGACUGUCCCUGUGCUGGUUUGCCAUAUGUGGGUUCAUUCACAUGGUGAUUGAGGGCUGGUUCAGCCUCUACCACGAAGACCUUCUUGGAGACCAAGCUUUCUUGUCCCAACUCUGGAAAGAGUAUGCCAAAGGAGACAGCCGAUACAUCCUGAGUGACAACUUCACAAUAUGCAUGGAGACCAUCACAGCUUGCCUUUGGGGACCACUCAGCCUAUGGGUGGUAAUCGCCUUUCUCCGCCAGCAGCCCCUCCGCUUUGUCUUACAGCUCGUGGUCUCUGUGGGUCAGAUCUAUGGGGAUGUGCUCUAUUUUCUAACAGAGCACCGGGACGGAUUCCAGCAUGGGGAGCUGGGCCACCCACUCUACUUCUGGUUUUACUUUGUCUUCAUGAAUGGCCUGUGGCUGGUGCUGCCUGGAAUCCUUGUGCUCGAUUCUGUAAAACAGCUCACUCAUGCCCAGAGCAUGCUGGACACCAAAACCACAACAGCCAAGAGCAAGCUGAACUAAUAAGCAGUAGGCUGGGCUUGAACACUGGCCGAUGAGGAACCCUCCACCAGGAAGAAGAGUCCAGUCCGAUAGGUUGGAGGGACAAAGCAAGUUGAUCUGUCAAACUCGGGUUAAUGGGUAAGCACCAGAAGGGCCAGAGGCAGGGGCAAAAAAGGAGCUGUGUGGAGCUACAGCCAGGAGCCACUGGGACAAAGGUACAGAAGAAACUAGAAGGGCCAUAAUGGUGGCAGUUUUUAAAAUCAGGAAAUAAAAGAUCUUGACC